UUAGUCAGAGGCCAGACAAAGAUGAGGAUGCGGACGGCAUGAAAGUGGAGAAAAGUAGCAGACACUCCGGCACCCGGGGAAACAGCUCGCGAGGUGGGGAGAGAGCCGCCACCGCCGCCACUGCCACCGCUGCUGCGCACAGGGGGGGACGCUUAGAGAUCUGAGGAGCACGGGGCCAGGUCGAGGGGAUGAGGCUGUGAAACGCCACCACCGUCCCCCCCCACUCCCAGCCACCUAGAGCUUACUGCCCCUCGACCCCCUCCAGCUCUGAGGAUUGACUCUCUGGCGUCUUGGCUGCCCGCUCAACCGGCCCGGGGUAGCGGCGCCCGGGACUCGCGGCCGCCCGGUAGCGGCGGGCGCAUCGGGCCGGGCCGGGCCGGGGGACACACGCUCUUGGAGCGAAAACCGCAAGCGCCUGGAUUCCCGGGCCGAGAGGGCAGCGGGGGGGAGCGGCUGGCUUUCCCGGGCCCUAGGGUCAUGAUGGUGCAUUGUGCCGGCUGCGAGCGGCCCAUCCUGGACCGGUUUCUGCUCAACGUCCUGGACCGCGCGUGGCACAUCAAGUGUGUUCAAUGUUGCGAGUGCAAAUGUAACCUCACCGAGAAGUGUUUCUCGCGGGAAGGGAAACUCUAUUGCAAGAACGACUUCUUUAGGCGGUUUGGCACCAAAUGUGCUGGGUGUGCGCAAGGCAUCUCUCCCAGCGACCUGGUUCGGAAGGCCCGAAGCAAAGUAUUUCACCUCAACUGCUUCACCUGCAUGGUCUGCAACAAGCAACUGUCCACGGGCGAGGAACUCUAUAUUAUAGAUGAGAACAAAUUUGUUUGCAAAGAGGACUAUUUGAACUCGCCCAGUGUCAAGGAAGGCAGCCUCAACUCAGUGUCAUCCUGUACGGACCGAAGUUUGUCCCCAGACCUCCAGGACCCACUCCAGGACGACCCCAAAGAGACCGACAAUUCGACGUCGUCCGACAAGGAAACCACAAACAAUGAAAACGAGGAGCAGAACUCCGGCACCAAGAGGCGGGGGCCGCGCACCACCAUUAAAGCCAAGCAGCUGGAAACGCUGAAGGCCGCCUUCGCCGCCACGCCCAAGCCCACGCGCCACAUCCGCGAGCAGCUGGCGCAGGAGACGGGCCUCAACAUGCGGGUUAUCCAGGUCUGGUUCCAGAACCGCCGGUCCAAGGAGCGCAGGAUGAAGCAGCUGAGCGCUCUUGGUGCGCGGAGACACGCUUUCUUCAGGAGUCCUCGGCGCAUGCGUCCACUGGGUGGCCGGCUGGAUGAGUCGGAGAUGCUGGGGUCCACCCCCUACACUUACUAUGGAGAUUACCAAGGAGACUAUUACGGCCCUGCAGGAAACUACGACUUCUUCCCUCACGCCCCGCCUUCACAGGCGCAGUCGCCCGCGGACUCCAGCUACUUACCGAACUCAGGGCCCGGCUCCACCCCGCUGGGGCCCCUGGAGCCGCCCCUCCCGGGGCACCACUCUUCAGAAAACCAAAGGUACACGGAUAUGAUCUCGCACCCGGACACGCCGAGCCCUGAGCCGGGCAUGACUGGCUCCCUCCACCCCAUCCCGGGCGAAGUCUUCACCGGGGGGCCCAGCCCGCCUUUCUCUAUGUCCAGCAAUAGCGGCUACAGCGGGCCACUAUCACAUCCCAACCAGGAGCUGAAUGAGGCCGCCGUAUGGUAAAAGCUGCUGGGCCUUUCCCCAGCCCCUUCCCCGCCCAGUACACCCGGCUUAGGAACUGCACGGAGCACCCAGACCUCUCCCCACCCCAGGCCCGGCGCCUCUGUGGAUCCAGAGUCCUACAGCACAUACGUGUACACAAAUUCUCACUCACACACACACAUUUGUGAAAACAAGCGCGCGCGCGCGCACACACACACACACACACACACACACACACACACACACACACCUAUACCAAAAUGCCCAGCCCCGGGCCUGUAUCCCACUGCCUCCAAUCCCAGGCGUGAUUGCCAACCGAGCCUCAGUCCUCCCUCAGGUCCACCCUCUAAUGUCUGACUCCUCCAAAGGCGGGAUGGUGCUUGGGGACAACCCGGUCCAUCCCUCACUCCGCCGCUCAAGCUGGUUCGAUGUGGCUCUUUCCGGGACCUAGAGCCAGACCACAGUGUUUUUCUCCUCGAGGCUACAAGCAGUUUUCUUGGACCAAAGUCAAUCCCCACUGGAUCAACAAAGAUCUGCGAGACUUAAACCUAUGUUCCCCUUUUCUUCUUUUCGUGGAGGGAGGGGAGAGGCAAAGAACUGGAGACGAUUUUUUCUUCUCCAAUUUCGAAUGGCAUUAAAAAAAAAAACCUUUUCUCCCUCACCUCUCCCU